UUUCCUAUUGAUGGGAAAAGCAUCGGAAUUUGUCGAUUGGCAGACAAAUGUCAGAUCAGAAACUAGUACAUGUCAAUCGGUAAAGUAACGACAAAGGCACUCACAGAGUAAGGCAACACUGAAUUUGGUCAUUUCGAGGAUAUAUGUAAACGUCAUUGGUUGUUGGAGAAUCGACGCAUCAACAUGUCAGACAAUAAUGAGACAGUGUCGCAGCAGCCACCGGAUGCACUGGAGCAACGUCAAAUAUUUUUAAAAGAGUUGAAACGUAUAAUUAUUCAAGCGCGCGUUAACCGAACGCUUGAUUGGUUGGUUCAAAACUUAGGGAGUGCAAGCGAUUCACUCAUGGAACAAAUAGAUGAUAAAUUGAAUACGUUGGUAACACUCCUGCUAACAAAUAAUAGCAAUGAUGCUCAGCAGCAGCCGAAGAAAAACAACCCGAUGACUGGAAGUGACCCUGUUCACAUCGAAAAUAGUGUGAAAGCGGUAGAAAUUUCCGGCGUUAAAACAUACUUGUUACACAGAAAUUAA